CAUGAGUCAGAGAAAUCACUGUUCACAGAAAAAUCAGCAACCACACAUUUUUUCCAAUCAAGUCACAAACACAAUUUCCUUCUCUCUCUCCUCUUUACCAGAUCAAACACAAAAAUCAUAAGAACAAAUAUGAAUAUCACCAACAACAUUCAUGAAUAUUCAUGAGCUUUCAUCCUCCUAAUCUUUUUCCAGAAAUCAACAUAAACAUCACAUAAUCCAAGCACCACAAACACAAUCCAAAACCAAAGUUUAGAAAAUCAGAACCGAACCAAAACAGACAGAGACGAAUCGGACCAGAGGGAAAAAGAAACAAAACGAACCGGAACAAGGGAGAGAGCAACCAAACCGAACCGGAGAGAGAGAGUAGAGGUCAAUCCAACAGUAAAGUGGUCAGAUGUCUUCAUCCAAGUUCGGCUCACAUAUGCAGACACUCGUGCAAACACAAAAGAUGGAUCAACUUGAGCAAGAGGUCCACGAGCUUCGUGGAGAAAUAACAACACUUCGGGCUGAGGUAGAGAAGUUAACUAGCCUUGUAUCUUCAUUGAUGGCUACAAAGGAUCCACCGCUUGUCCAACAAAGGCCUCAGGCACUAUGUCAGCCAAUAUGCAUGAAACGGUCUCGACAACAGGGUUCUCAGCGGUUUAUCCCUCAAAAUCAGUCUCCUCAACCGCUUAUACCUCAAAAUCAGGCCCAAAAAGCAUCGCAGUGUGACCCGUUUCCUGUGAAAUAUGCGGAUUUGCUUCCCAUUUUGCUGAAGACGAACCUUGUUCAAACCCCGUCACCUCCUCAUGUGCCAAAUACGCUGCCUCCCGGGUAUCGUCCUGACCGCAAUUGUGCCUUCCAUCAAGGGGCACGAGAUCAUGACACUAAGCAGUAUUAUCCUUUGAAGGAAAAAGUUCAGAAGUUGAUUGAAGACCCAGAUAUAAAAGUGCUACUUCAACAACAACAUCUGGCUUCUCACUCUGUUGCUGCUGUUACACCCAUCACCAAUGUUCAAGAUCCGGGUUAUCAACCCCAGUUUCAACCAAGCCAACAACAAUAUCUGGCUCCUCUCUCUGUUUCUGCUGUUAUGCCCAUCAUGAACGCGGUCCAAGAUCUGGGUUAUCAGUCCCAAUCUCAACAAUAUCAACAACAACCUCGACUACAGGCUCCAAGAAUAAAAUUUGAUCCAAUUCCAAUUAAAUAUGCAAAGUUGCUUCCCUAUUUGCUUGAGAGGAACCUUGUCCAAACCAGACCACCUCCUCCGAUACCGAAAAUAUUGCCGGCUCGAUGGAGACCUGAUCUCUUUUGUGUUUUCCAUCAAGGGGCACAAGGUCAUGAUGUCGAGCGCUGUUUUUCUUUGAAGAUUGCGGUCCAGAAACUGAUUGAAGACGAUCUCAUACCUUUCGAAGAGUUUGGAUCUGAAUGUGCAAGUUAAUCCUCUAUCGGAUCUUUGGACCUUGUGGUGGCAUGUGGAGUGUUUAGUUGCAAUUUGGUAUUUGUUGAUGUUUAUUUCUACUA